AUGUUGCCACCAGCUUUGAUCAGCGUGUACCACGAGUACAAGAAGGAUACCAAUUCAAUUCAACCAGCCCCUCGACUGAACGGCAAAGGGAGAGCGGAAGCUAAGAAGAAGGUGAAAGGUACCCCUCAGGAAAGCACGCCACAAAAUGAAGGACCUCGAUACAUCAUUGAGAUCAAGGACUUCGUCCCCCUGGCCGAAUGCAUCUCGGCUUAUAAGAAGCCGGCUCUGUCUGUCCCGCGAACGUUCUUCUCUACACUCAACCGGAAGCAAAACGACAAGUCGGAUGCUAGACAUUCCUACUUUGUGGGAAUUCUUGAGAAGGCCCGCGAAGUCCUCAAGCCAUAUUCAGAUCCAGUUGGUUCUGGUUCCUCAAAAGAGGCUGAGACCUUGACAAACAAGUUCAAGGAAUUGGAAGUCUACCACCCAUCAGAGAAGUUUCUUAACGCAAAAGACAUUGAAAGACCUGGACCAGCGAAUAAUAACGACGUUAUUUACGAGGCCGAUGCAGGGGACUCAGUUGAUGAGGCUUUUUUUGCAUAUAAACUGCUGUGCGAGGACUUAAACGACAUUAGAACAUUUAUCACCUAUAUUUGGGAAAUGCAUAUUGAAGCAGAGGAAGGUGGAGAUAGCAUUGACCCAGGCGUGAUGGCGGUUGUUACCAAUACAGCCAUCGAGUUUGGUUCGACCCUUGCAGAGGACGUAAAGCCCUUGUUAGAAAAGCAUGGUGGGAUUAAGGCUAUGGCUGAAGACCUCAUGUGUGGCUUCCUGAUCGAUCAGGAGGUAGACAUGAACAAAUUCCGGGAGCAGAUCGCAAAAGGAUCCGUCAAUGAGAAGGUAUAUGCCGUCAUGUCGCACUGCUGCUACCACGCACGCCUUUCGAUCGAGACCCUCGCCCAAGUUCCGUGGAGGGAUAUGGACACCCUAUUCGAGAUUUUCGGCGGCGAAGCUUUCUUCGUUGGAGGAAAGCCACAUACGCGUUCUGACUAUGUCAAUCGGUUUAUGCUGCAGGUUGGCAUCUCUGCAUCUACCUUGAGCAAGAAUAAGCACAAGGGCAAGAAGAUGGCUCUCGAGGAUUUCUCACGAGCAAAUCCGCGAUUUCUGACAACCCGUGCACUGAUCCAUAAAAGCCUUCAAGACCGAUACCAUCGAAACACCAAACGAAUGAGCUGGACCAUGGAGACUAUUAGCGAAGUCCUCUCAAGGGGGGAAUCAAAAGGCAAAGGCAAAGACAGGGGUGGAGAUGGAGGUAAAGGCAAAGAAAAGGAUACCUCAUUGACAUCAGACGACAAAACACGCGUUAAGCCAGCUGACAUAUUAGCGUCACUCGGCAAUGCUCUGAGCGCUGAGGUAAAUGAGCUUGCAUUCCCCUACCUAAGCUUACAUGAAAUAAGCUGGGAGUGGUUGAGAUGUGUUUGGAUGGCGUGCGAUUCCACUCUUCGCAAAGUCGACGGAUCAGACUUCGCUUUGCCGGAAUGGGAGCUGACUUUCGUGGUCGGGCAUAUCCUGACUGAAGCUGAAACGGACAACGAAGACUCAAUGCAUAUUUUGGCAAUGGCGGCGGGGAUACUUGAGGAGAUGCACCGUGGGCAUGUCCUCAGCAAAGCAUCCCGACUGAUGUAUGUGCUUUCUGGUCGUGACUACAGCAUCCCGGAGGGUGCCACCGAGUUACUUCGAUCAUUUGAAAAGUUUUGUGAUUGCGGCUCGGGUCAUGAGGGGCCCCAGGAGGAGGCAUCGAAUGCAGAGAAUCAAAUACCUUGA